UUGCUGGGUUGCCCGAUGCCAUUUCAAACUGAAAACGACACCGUAAUAGCUAAUGCGAAAUCUCAUUUCCAGUUUCUUCUUCAACUCGCUUCUCCUUCUGCAGUUGUUGCUUCUCUUUCUAUUCACCUCUCCCUUCCUUGUGGGCAAAAUAUUCUCAAACAAAAUAAUUAAUCCAGUGCAAACAAAAACAAUCUCCAAAUCAUGAGCACGCCACCAGCUACCCAAUCACUAGCCUUCCGUGUAAUGCGAUUAUGCCGUCCAUCUUUCCACGUCGACACUCCUCUCCUUCUGGACCCCUCCGAUCUCAUUCUCGGUGAAGACAUCUUCGACGAUCCUCUCGCCGCCACUCACCUCCCUCCACUCAUCGACACCCACCUCACCAAUCCGAUCGACUCCUCCGAUCUAAGUUACCGCUCUCGUUUCCUCCUCCAAAACCCCUCCGAUUCCUUCGGUCUCUCUGGCCUCCUCGUCCUCCCGCAAUCCUUCGGGGCCAUUUAUUUGGGAGAGACGUUUUGCAGUUACGUUAGCAUUAAUAACAGUUCUAAUUUUGAAGUUAGAGAUAUUGUAAUUAAGGCUGAAAUGCAAACGGAGAGACAAAGGAUUUUACUGCUAGAUACCUCAAAAACACCUGUUGAAUCAAUUCGAGCCAGUGGCCGUUACGAUUUUAUUGUUGAACAUGAUGUGAAAGAACUCGGAGCUCAUACGUUGGUUUGUACUGCUUUGUAUACUGAUGGUGAUGGCGAAAGGAAAUAUCUGCCGCAGUUUUUCAAGUUUAUUGUUGCAAAUCCGCUUUCGGUUAGGACUAAGGUCCGUGUAGUCAAGGAAACUACAUAUUUAGAGGCAUGCAUUGAGAAUCAUACAAAAACAAACCUUUACAUGGACCAAGUUGAGUUUGAGCCAGCUCCAAAUUGGAGUGCAAAAAUUCUAAAAGCUGACGAACACAAAUCUGAGGAUAAUUCUCCAUCCAGGGAAAUAUUCAAGCCACCUGUCCUUGUUAAAUCUGGUGGAGGAAUUCGCAACUAUCUUUACCAACUGUCACUGUCCUCACAUGGUUCAGCAGAGAGUAAUGUUCUUGGUAAGCUUCAGAUAACAUGGCGCACAAAUUUAGGCGAACCUGGUCGCCUACAGACACAGCAAAUACUUGGCACUCCCAUCACGCCUAAGGAGAUAGAGUUACAUGUUGCUGAGGUUCCAUCUGCCAUCAACUUGGAUAGACCGUUUUUGGUACACUUGAAUCUCACAAACCAGACGGAUAGAGAAUUGGGCCCUUUUGAAGUUUGGUUGUCACAAGAUGAUACUCUUGAUGAGAAAACUGUUAUGGUUAAUGGUCUCCAAACAAUGGAAUUAUCCCAGUUGGAGGCAUUUGGUACCACAGAUUUUUACUUGGGAACCUUUGCAGUGCAUUAUAUUAAUGACACUUCUGAUCAGAGUUGUCAAGAGGCACUUAGUUGCUCACCUUGGCGCUCCAGGCGAGGUGAGGCCACAACAUCUUUAAUAGCCUUCGGCGAUGAAUUUCAAUGAAGCGCUGCCUAGGCGAGUGCCUCAUGAGUGGGUGCUAGGCAUUAAAGCGAACCUGAUUGAAAUACUUCCUUUUCUAUUGGAUUUCUCUUCUUUUUUAAAAAAAAAACUGAUUUAUGUUUU